GCGCCCAGUCAGUCUACCGGCGCGGCCGCGAGAGGGACUAUCUCUGUCUCUCGCUCAAGUUCUCUGGCCGCCGCAGCGAUACAGCCGUAGAGCGCGAGCGCGCUCAUUAGCGCCGGCCCUGACGCACUUAUUUACGCUUCCGCGGCGCUCCAGAGGUGGCCCACCGCUUUCUCUCCCCCCCCCCCCCCGCCCCUCUACCGUUCUGCCGUUUCUUCGCGAGCGUUUCCCGUCACCGCGUCUUUUUCUCGCUUUGAACCGGCCGGAUUUUAAAUUUCGAACAGCUGCGAAGUGAGCAAGUUGCAGCCGCCGCCGCCGCUGACACGAGAGGUGGGAGCACAGGGAGGGGAAAGGGACGCACUAAAUAUAGAAGGCGGAGCUGUGCACGGGGCCAGACGGCAGCGCGCGCGCACGAGCUGGCUCAGGUCUCCGGGGAUUCUAACUUAGUGCUCGCCUAGCGGCCCGGCAGUAUAGUUUGUCAGUACGCUGCCGCCCAGUUACCUCUCGGGCGCGCUCGCCGCUGUCGGCGCAACAAAAAAGACGGACGGCCUAGACGGUGCCCCACCACUUCGUCGACUGCGACCACGUGUCUUCCGGUGACUGGGACAGCGGGGGAGUCCUCUAGUGGCACGGCAGUGUUCCCACCUCCGACACCGCCGCCGAACAACCUGUCGCCGGAGCAGCUGCGUCGCCGCAUCGCGAAACAGCGAAUACGGAUGAGGAGGGGACAUCGCGGCAGCGAAGUUGCAGCGUCGGUCAACGAUUGCCAGGAGGAGAAAUAUACGCAGGAGAACGUUAGAUCACCCAUUCUAGAGCUUCGGAGUUUUGUAUAUAUUCGACUCUUACAACGCACUAGUUCAGCGCAGUAGUAAGCAGCCUUCCGCCCUAGAGUAGGCAACGACGCCGACUCCAACAACGAGCUAGCGAUAGCCGGAGGGCGACUUUAGACGACUCCUUUGUUGUAACAUGAUCCCAGCCUUCGGCCGGCGGUGAGCUAUCAAACGCGCAACCAUCUGCCGUGCUGCGCGCCCCCCUCGCCAUUGGAGGGAAGGUGGUAGGGUGAGCUGGCAGAGAGGGAGGCGGCGGAAAGAGAGAGAGAGAGAGAGAGAGAAACGCAGCUGAGGCUGAGUCGUCAGUGUCGGCGGCCCGACCGAAGCAGCGCGAGCGCGAACAGGGGCGCACCGCCCGGCGUUUACUCGGCGGCACUCGGGUUCGAGACCGGCAGCCACAAUUGAGGUCGCAAUGCUGAUGCCCGCGGGCGCGGAGGCCGUCCUCGGGGGCGACGCUGCGACGGCGGCGGACGGGCUGGCGGGCCUGGGGGCGGCGGCGGCGGCCGCUGCGGCCGCAGGCGUGCAGCAGAAGGACACCACGUGGACCAAGCUGUUCGUGGGUGGCCUGCCCUACCACACCACCGACAAAUCGCUGCGGGAGCACUUCGCCGUCUACGGAGACAUCGAGGAAGCCGUCGUCAUCACCGACCGCCAGACUGGCAAGAGCAGAGGAUACGGAUUUGUGAUAAUGGGCGACCGCACUGCGGCAGAAAGGGCGUGCAAGGAUCCCAACCCCAUCAUCGACGGACGCAAGGCGAACGUUAACUUAGCUAUCCUGGGCGCCAAGCCACGUGGAAAUGUGACGACAGGGUUCCCGUUCGCUGGCAUCCGCACAGGUUACCCAACGGUGCUGCCCGGACAAUACGGGGUGCCUCCGAGCUACGUCUACCCGUCGCCGUACCUGAGCGCGGCCGCCGCAGCCGGGGGCCCCGGGAGCUUGGUGCCGCUGCCGCCCGCAGCGCCACUGUCGCACGCGGCCGCCGUGGCUGCCGCCUCGCAGUUCUACGAGUACCAGAACGCGGCCGCCGCCGCUGCGGCCGCCGCCGCCGCCGCAUCCUACCCUGGACAGUACCCCAACGGCUUCGACACCUACCCGUACACCAGCGCCGCCGGUGCUGCCAGCUAUGUGACGCCGUACACCUAUGCGACGCUGCCUCAGGCCGGCCUUCCGUCUGCUGCAGCAGCUGCUGCAGCUGCCUUCCCUGGCCUGUCGCCCUACCAGACAGCCCAGGCGUCGCUGGGUGAGGCACGCCUCCAGUAGGCUGGCCUGACCACUCCACACCUCCUGUGCCAGUGUAGUCACAUGUGGGGAGAAGCUGAUCCUGGCUGUUCUCUGUCCUCAAGUGUUGCUGAUCGCCAGGGAUCUCUGCCUCGACAGUGUGCUUGUUGUAACUUAUAAUUACCACACCAAAAGUAUAAGUAUCCUAAAAAGAAACUCUGUACAUCUACUGUAUUUUUACUCUUCCAUUCUGGCUGUAGAGUACCAUAAGCCUGCACGACACGUUGGGAUCCACUGUGGACUUAAAAGCUUCAAGUCUUCUAUUUUAUGCAGGCUUCGUUUCGUUGGGAGGUGGGGGGGGGGGUGAAUGGGAAGAAGAAUCCAUAGUAAGGCAUAUUUUUUGAGAGGUGACUCGUAGUUUCUUCCACUGAGGUUGUUGUUGAAAUGCUGAUACAGCAUUCCACAGUCAGAGAAAGAGAGUGAGAAUGAGGGAGAGAGCAAGAGAGAGAGAGAGAGAGAAAGAGUAAUUGUUUUAUGUUAUUAGGUAAUUUGACAUUGGCCAUUCUCCGAGAAUUCAGCCAACGUGCCAGACAAAUAGAGUAUAAUCAAUAUUUAUUAUCUUAUUGUUUAUUCAUAUUUAUAUCUUUAAUUCUUCUACAGUAGAUUAGGUGAAUAGCUAGUAUGUAGAUUAUCUGUUUAUAAAUAGUACUGAAGUUAAAAGAAUUUAUAAAGGACAUUAAUAUCCUGUAAAUAUUAUAAUGGGUAAACAGUUCGUGACAAACAGUAAGUCACAAUAAGCUGUCUCAGAAUUUAUGUGGAUAUUCAGGUACUUAGUAUCUGUAAUGUACAGUAAUGAAAAUACAAAUGUCCCCACUUGUUAUUUUUUUAAUAAUUGAAAGAACUCAGGAUGUUACACUGAGUGUACUCCAUUAUUACAUGUAAUGUUUUCAAUGUCUGUAGGAAAUGUGAUAAAGACUUUUGCAGUAGGUAUGCCAUCAGUAUGAAUGGUCCAGUAUUAAUAAACUUGCCUGGACACUGUUGAUAUCUCACAGGUGUAAUUUGUAUCAAUGACUUAUUUUGGCCGCUAAGAUCUCAGUUUAUGUUUUUGAGAAAUAAUAAAAGGAACAUACGUAUAAAAUGUUGUAUUAAUACAACAUUCUGGAAAGAGAUCUCACAAAUGGAGCUUUGCCAAGGUCCUUGGUUGAAACUAUUGUUUCCUUUCUACUAGAUUCUAAUGGAGACAUUUGAAAAAUAAGUGGAGCCUUUCGUUUCUCUUGAAUGUUUUACAUUAUUAUCUUUAAAGAAUAUUUAAGUAACAUAUUGAUGCUGCAUAUGUCGCAGUAUUUAUGUGGAAACCCUUAAUCGAAUAAUGUGUUUGUUACUUGCGUUGAUGUCUGAACGCACACAUCGUGUUACCUAACAGAAGUGUAAUCAGUACAGAGAUAUAUUCAUAACACAGUUAUUAAUAAAACAACGCUGUUCCUCCUCUAAACUAUAUGAAAAAAAAUUCAGAUUACAAAUGAUGUGCAUAAUAUUAUAUUAACUGGCCUGUAGUUGUUGUUAUCCUCUUUAUUGCAUGUGUAUUGGGUGAUAUAGCUCAAGCAUGUGUUGUAAUUUUUUUUUCCAAAUAUCUUCCAGUAUUCUGCCAUUAGCCAGGCUCAGUGUUCGCAGUACUUGUUUCACAGUUUUGAAAAUUAUUGACAUAGGAUUUAUCACUACAUGCUGCAUUACCACUAACAUCCUUUUCACAUGAAUUAAUUCACAAUGAGAAACUAUUCUGAGAAACUCAGGGUUGUUUGAUAAAUAAAUUUAUGUAGAUUUGUAAUUUUUAUAAUAUCCUAUGUUAUGUUCCUAUUGAAUGGCAAGCCUACUGGAAGGUUUACAUCAGACUUAUUUCUACUAAAGCAGCUAUUUUAUGUAGUAUUACAUUUUUGAGAAAACAGUUCUGUGUACUUAAUUAAGAUUACAAUUAAGGUAUGUCAGCUUAUCUGUUAGAUAACAGAUAUGCCCAGAGAGGUUGCUAGUCAUUAUGCUACAGUUCGAUAGCGAUCACUGUGCAAUAAUGCAUUGUUACCUAAUUUGUAGCUGUUUAAUUUUACUAUGUGAUUACUAGUCAGAGACAUUGCUGGAAUCAGUAGCCUGUAUGGGUAACAGCUGCCUAAAAAAUUCCUAAACUAUUUUAAUAAUUCGAAUGUGUCAGCCAUGUGUAUAAUGCUCAAAUGCAGAGUCAUCGCUCGAGAGUGGCAUCUGUGGACUCUAUGAUGCAGUGUAUAAGCUGAAAACAUGAGGGGAAUUAAGAAUUUAGUGUAUGCACAGUGCUACAGUUUAUGUUAAUCCUUACAAAUAAGACAGACCAAAGUUAUUGUAGUUCUUACUUUUCUUAUGCACAGUUAUGUGCUCACAUGUUUAUACAAGUGUAGCAGAAAGUUGAUCACUCAUUUAAAAAUAUGAAAAAGUUAUUCAACAAUGGAGAAGACAUUGAAACAAUGUGCCGUGCAACUAUUACUACCUGUUAUCAAAUGUUGGCAAGAGGCCUCUGAAGGUUUUAACGGUACAAAUUUUUUGUAAUGUUUAGGCACAAUUUCUCAGAGUAUCGUAAAGUACUAACAACAAGCCAUUUCACACAUAUGGAAUCAUACCUGUGAUAGUGAUGAUCCUGCCAUUAUUUAUUUUUCCCGAACUAAGAUUUUCAAUUGGUAGGUUGGUUUAAAAUAGCGUUUUGAUAUGUACUUGGAAUGGUGUCUGAACCAUGAUUUGUGAUAGAAGACCAGAAGCUGCAAAAUUUUUAGAAUUUCUACAAACAAAAAGUGCUAGGUAGCUUCACUAUGAGUCAGUCUGUGACUUUGGAUUCAAGUUUUUAUUUGACAUUUUUAAUGUUUCACAGCCGUAAUGAAGGAAGACAAAGUGUUUUAGAAUGUUUUACAGCCAAGAAUUAAGCUUCAAAUCCGUCCUGAAAUUGCCUUGAUAUCUGAGAAGUGCCUGUGUGUUGUGUAAUAUGGACCUUUUUUACAGCUGGCAAUAAUGAAAUAUUGUGAACUUCUCAGUAUUUCAAACAGAGUAUGUUUUAAACAUGUAAAUUUAUUGACUACACAAAUAUAAAAAGAAAUCUGGUUCAGGAA